AUGGUGUCAGCAGAGCAGCGCGAGAAAGUCGGCCAGCUAUUUGCUGUUGGCUUUCACGGCCGUGAGAUUAACAAGGAGAUCACAACUCUGAUCCGCGAUUACGGCGUCGGAGCCAUUGUCCUGUUCAAACGCAACGUGCUUGAUGCCACACAGCUCCAGGCGCUUUGCUUGGGGCUCCAGAAGAUUGCCAAGGAGGCAGGCCACAGCCAGCCUCUCUUCAUUGGAAUAGAUCAAGAAAAUGGCUUGGUUACUCGCAUUUCACCGCCCGUAGCCUCUCAACAGCCCGGCCCCAUGACUCUCGGCGCUACUGGUUCUCUCGAUUCUGCUUAUGAGGUCGCAAAGGCCACAGCUGAGAUGCUGAGAUAUUUCGGCAUCAACAUGAACUACGCCCCCGUUGGCGACAUCAAUUCAGAGCCACUAAACCCCGUGAUUGGUGUUCGAAGCCCCAGCGAUCAAGCAGAAACGGUGUCCAAAUUUGCAGCCGCCUGCACAAAAGGCUUGAGAGAGCACAAGGUUGUGCCGUGCAUCAAGCAUUUCCCUGGCCAUGGAGAUACGGCUGUGGAUUCACAUUACGGGCUGCCAGUCAUUGACAAAUCAAGAGCCGAUAUGGAGAAGCUCGAACUAAUCCCAUUCCGCGAUGCCGUUGCCGACAAUAUCGAAAUGAUCAUGACGGCUCAUAUUUCUUUACCACAGCUAUCAAAGAACGGCUUACCUGCCACCCUAUCCCCGGAUACGAUUGGAAUCUUGCGAAAUGAGUGGAAAUAUGACGGUGUCAUCAUGACCGAUUGUCUUGAAAUGGAUGGUGUCCGCGCGACUUAUGGCACCGUUGAAGGAUCACUUAUGGCAUUCCAGGCUGGUGUUGACAACGUCAUGAUCUGCCAUACCUUCGACGUGCAAUCAGCAGCUGUCGAUCACAUCUGCGACGCCAUAAACACCGGAAAGCUAUCUCAAGAAAGGGUAGACGAAUCCCUGGAGCGUCUCCGAAAGUUAAAGGAGAAAUACACGAACUGGGACGUUGCCCUCCAUGCAGAGCCACCAGCGACGUUGGCGGCAAUCAACGAGAGAGGAGAGAAGCUCGCUCACCAAGUGUACGCAGAUGCAACUACCCUUGUCCGGGCUCAAGAAGGUCUUCUGCCCCUCAAGUCGACCACAAAGAUUGCAUUUGUCUCUCCUGGACCCGAUGUGCCCAUUGGCGGAGCUGUUGAUAGCGGGACUCUGCCAACUCGAGUUCCUUGGAUUGCGGAUACUUUCGGGGAUCGCAUCCGCAAUAAGGCGCCUCAAUUUUCCGACGUCCGAUUCAUUAACUCUACCCUGACAGAUGAGCAAUGGACGCAAGUCGAGGAGGCUGAUGUUGUUAUUUUGGCUACCCGCAACGCCCGCGAGUCAAAAUACCAGAAAGAACUUGGCCUAGAAGUCGCCAGGAGACGCGGAACAUCGCCUUUAAUCUCAAUUGCCACAUGUGCUCCGUAUGACUUCCUGGAUGAUACUCAGAUUGGCACAUAUAUCGCCGUAUAUGAGCCUACUGUCGAGGCAUUUUCAGCGGCGAUAGACAUCCUGUUUGGCGAUGCACAGCCAAGAGGGAAGCUCCCGGUGGCGCAUUAA